AUGCCUAAAGAAGAGAUAGGCGCCCUCAGGUUCCUCCAGGACAAUCCCUCUUACGACGGCCGCGGUGUCAUCAUAGCCAUCUUUGACACGGGUGUGGACCCGGGGGCGCCGGGCCUGCAGGUCACCAGCGAGGGCAAGCCAAAGAUCAUCGACGUCAUUGACUGCACCGGCAGCGGCGACGUCGACACGUCCAAUGAGGUCGACGCUGACGAGGACGGCUUCAUCAUUGCGUGGCACUUCCACACACAGCAACAGCACAGCUGA